UCAAGGAGGAGGGGCAGGAGACUGAUGCCCCUCCAGGCUCUGAAGGGUCCAGCUCUGCCUACAUAGUGGGUGAGACAGGGACAGCGUGAAGGAAGGGUGGGGAGAUGGUGGACCUUGUCUUCUGGUGGGCUUUUCCUCCUGUUUCCCCUUGAUGCCUCUGACUCAUUCUCGGGAGCCACUGACCUGCAGAUCUUUGCCUUGGCGUUGCAGCCCUGUACUCUCACCCUCGCUUUGGGACUUCCCAUGGCCUGUCCCCAGGCUGCUGUCUCUCUUUGUCACUCUCUCUCAUGGCCUCUGCUCACCCCAAGUCAUCUUAGAGCCAGAAGAUGAGCCCGAGCGCAAGCGGAAGAAGGGUCCGGCCCCGAAGAUGCUGGGCCACGAGCUGUGCCGCGUGUGUGGGGACAAAGCCUCAGGCUUCCACUACAAUGUGCUCAGUUGUGAAGGCUGCAAAGGCUUCUUCCGGCGCAGCGUGGUCCAUGGUGGGGCCGGGCGCUAUGCCUGUCGGGGCAGCGGAACCUGCCAGAUGGAUGCCUUCAUGCGUCGCAAGUGCCAGCUCUGCCGGCUCCGCAAGUGCAAGGAGGCUGGCAUGCGGGAGCAGUGUGUGCUUUCUGAAGAGCAGAUUCGGAAGAAAAAGAUUCAGAAGCAGCAGCAGCAGCAGCAGCAGCAGCAACAGCAGCCACCCCCAGCUGAGCUAGCAUCCAAUAGCUCAGCUCGGCCUGCAGCCUCUUCAGGCACUUGUGAAGCGAGUGGCCAGGGCUCCGGGGAAGGAGAGGGCGUCCAGCUGACAGCGGCACAAGAGCUGAUGAUCCAGCAGUUGGUUGCUGCGCAGCUGCAGUGCAACAAACGGUCUUUCUCCGACCAGCCCAAAGUCACGCCCUGGCCCUUGGGUGCAGACCCUCAGUCCCGAGAUGCUCGUCAGCAGCGCUUUGCCCACUUCACGGAACUGGCCAUCAUCUCAGUCCAGGAGAUUGUGGACUUUGCCAAGCAGGUGCCAGGGUUCUUGCAGCUGGGCCGGGAGGACCAGAUUGCCCUCCUGAAGGCGUCCACCAUCGAGAUCAUGCUGCUGGAGACAGCCAGACGCUACAACCACGAGACAGAGUGCAUCACGUUCCUUAAGGACUUUACCUACAGCAAGGAUGACUUCCACCGUGCAGGCCUGCAGGUGGAGUUCAUCAAUCCCAUCUUCGAGUUUUCUCGGGCUAUGCGUCGGCUGGGCCUGGACGAUGCAGAGUACGCCCUGCUCAUUGCCAUCAACAUCUUCUCGGCGGACCGGCCGAAUGUGCAAGAGCCCAGCCGCGUGGAGGCCCUGCAGCAGCCCUACGUGGAGGCCCUCCUCUCCUACACCCGCAUCAAGCGGCCCCAGGACCAGCUCCGCUUCCCACGCAUGCUCAUGAAGCUGGUGAGCCUGCGCACCCUCAGCUCUGUACACUCGGAGCAAGUCUUUGCAUUGCGGCUCCAGGACAAGAAGCUGCCGCCUUUGCUGUCCGAGAUCUGGGAUGUGCACGAGUAGGGGCCGCCACAAGUGCCCCAUCCAUGGUGGCAUCUUCUUGCAGAUGGACGCUUCGCCUUUUCUCCUGGGGUGGGAGGACAUGGUCACAGCCCAGCGCCGCGGGGCUCAGCCUCAAGCCCAGCGGGAGUUGGCACCAAAAGGCCCCACCCCAGCCACUGAGUCUUCCAGGAGUGGUGAGGGUCACAGGUCCUAGCCUCUGACCUCUCCCAGCUGCCCUCCCACCCAGCUUACACCUCAGCCUACCACGCCAUGCACCUUGAGUGGAGAGAGGUUAGGGCUGGUGGUUCCCCACAGUUUGGAGACUACAGGCCCCCUCUUCUGCCCCUUUUAUUUAAUAAAACGCAAAAAUAAAGUUUGGAGUACAAGCCA